AUGAAGUUCUUUGAUAAGAAGAGAGAUUUGGAGACAUUUCAAGAUGGCGAUCAAAUCGCAGGAGUGGAUGACAAGGAACAAGGUUACUUAGAGGAAGCCUUUGAUCAGGACUAUGAACCUGAAGAUGAAGAUGAACGUGAUUUCAACCUACAUGGACAAUUUGAUGAUAUCGAUGACUCCAAAAGAGAAGAGCUCUUGGCAGAUGCAGACAAUGAUGUCAAUGAUAUGCCAGAACUCACUGUCAGAUUCCAAGGAGAUGAUGACUAUGAAUCAGACGACGAUUCAGGUGAUGAAGGCAAUGAAGAGGAAGAAUCUAUUGUGGCCGAUUUGGAUCACCAUCAAGAAAAUGUUGAUAGAGGAACCGAUGAUAUUGGGAGCCUCGUUACUGAUCUGGAGGACCUACAAGAGCCGCCAGAAGAAGAGAUUGUAUUUGAGCCUGAAGAGCCUCAAGUAGCAAAAGUCACUUGA